AUGGGGAUUCAGUCUAACUUGGCUGAAGAAGCUAAGCUUAAGGCUAAGCCACAGUCUGGCCCAUCGGGCAAGACAAAGGAUAAAAAGAGAAAAUGGGACCAGGUGGACGGAGGUGAGACCUCUGGUUGCCAACCUGCAUGUUCCAAAUAUGGACGGAACCAUACCGGUGAGUGCUGGAAGGCCAAGGGGGCUUGUGUUCGUUGUGGCAGCAUGGACCAUGGGGUUCAGAACUGUCCUCGACCGAACCAGACUGGUAGACGCGGCCAGAUGACCUGUUUCCAUUGUGGCCAGCAAGGACAUUUCCAAACGGAUUGUCCCAAGCUGCAAGGAAGUCAGGGGAAGGGCCGUGGAGAUUCAGGAGAGGCGUCCCAAGGCAAACCAACCACAACACCGAGGGUGUAUGGACUGUCACGAGACGACGGAGCUUCCGGAUCUUUUGAUUCGAUCUCUGGCAAUCUCUAA